CCUCUUGGUGGGUAUCACAACCAAGCCAAAGAUCGGGAGAAGGAAAGAUUUAUUACUUGCAGCACGUAAGGAAAACAUGGGGGAUCUCUCCCAAAGCAGUGUCUCCAAGAACAGCAAAAUUGGGGAAGUUUUAAGCUAAGAGUACAUGUGUAUUUACAAGGGCGCUAGAGCACAGGAGAAUUCAGCAUAGAAUUGGGGCAAAGGGCAGCAGAGUCCAAGCCUUCGUUGAUUGAAGUCAGGAGCGUCAACAUCAUCAUUCCGUCCUCCACCUGGGUGGGGCGUUAGCUCCUGCAGAACGCAAAGAUGCGUUAUUACCUAUAUCCCUUGAGGAACCAGGACCCUGCCCCGAGGCUGCACCACUGUUUCAGGGCAGCCUCCCUUGUUUCUGCAGUUCCCUCCCUUAAGAUCAUUAAUUACUGAGAACUGUUUGAGGGCAAGCAUUGUGUCCAGGCUUAGAUUACAAAAUGGCUUUGGCCAAAAUGGAUUCUCUUAUGUCAAGAAAGCCAUUCCUGGUUCUCUUUCUCCAGCUUUCUUGCUGGUCAGACGGGCUUCUCUUCUUCCGGAGUCUUCAGGAACCUCCCCUAUCCAGCCCACCUGUUUGUGGCCUGGCCUCCUCGGAGCAUUGUGAGGCCCAGAGGUUGAACCCACGCCCCCUGCAGUGGAAGCCCAAAGUCUUAACUGCUGGACCACCCGGGAAGUCCCCCACAGGAGUUCUGCUGGACGUACAGAAGUUUUAUCAGAUCAGUGACAGCAAUGCUGGUUUGCUUCAGACAGUCUUCAUCGGCUGCCUGCUGCUGUCUGCACCCGUGUUCGGAUACCUGGGCGACCGACACAGCCGCAAGGUGACGCUGAGCUUAGGUAUCCUGCUCUGGUCAGGAGCAGGCCUCUGCAGCUCCUUCAUCCCCCCUCGGUACUCCUGGCUCUUCUUCCUGUCCCGGGGGGUGGUGGGCACUGGCACUGCCAGCUACUCCACCACUGCGCCCACUGUCCUGGGAGACCUCUUCGUGAGGGACCAGCGAACCCGAGUGCUGGCCAUCUUCUACAUCUUUAUCCCUGUUGGAAGUGGUCUGGGCUACGUGCUGGGGUCGGCUGUGACGGAGCUGACCGGGAACUGGCGUUGGGCCCUCCGAAUCAUGCCCUGCCUGGAAGCCGUGGCCUUGAUCCUGCUUAUCGUCCUGGUUCCAGACCCACCCCGGGGAGCUGCUGAGAAGCAGGGGGUGGUGACCGUUGGGGGCCCAAGGAGCACCUGGUGUGAGGACGUCAGAUACCUGGGGAGAAACUGGAGUUUUGUGGGGUCGACCCUUGGAGUGACAGCCAUGGCCUUUGUGACUGGAGCUCUGGGCUUCUGGGCCCCCAAGUUUCUGUUCGAGGCCCGUGUGGUGCACGGGCUGCAGCUUCCCUGCUUUCGGGAGCCGUGCAGCAGCCAGGACAGCCUGAUUUUUGGGGUACUGACUGUUGUGACUGGCCUUGUUGGGGUCAUCCUGGGAGCAGAGGCUUCGAGGAGAUACAAGAAAGUCAACCCAAGGGCUGAGCCCCUCAUCUGUGCUGCCAGCUUGUUUGCUGCAGCCCCCUGUCUCUACCUGGCUCUCAUCCUGGCCCCGACUACCCUCCUGGCCUCCUAUGUGUUCCUGGCCCUCGGGGAGCUGCUCCUGUCCUGCAACUGGGCCGUGGUUGCUGACAUCCUGCUGUCCGUGGUGGUACCCAGGUGCCGGGGGACGGCAGAGGCGCUUCAGAUCACAGUGGGCCACAUCCUGGGAGAUGCCGGCAGCCCCUACCUCACUGGACUUAUCUCCAGCGCCCUGCGGGCUGCGCGUCCCGACUCCUACCUGCAGCGCUUCCUCAGCCUUCAACAGAGCUUCCUGUGCUGCGCCUUCGUUAUCGUCCUGGGUGGUGGCUGCUUCCUGCUGACUGCACUGCACCUGGAGAGAGACCAGGCCCAGGCCCAGGCCCGGCAGACAGGGAUCCCCGACAGCAAGGACGUGCACAGCGAGGCCAUGGAGAGCCAAUGCCUGCUUCCCAGCACCGGUGCCUCCCCAGAGGACCCCUGAGGCACCUGCCUUGCAGCGAGGAGGUCCCACCCACCCUGCUCGCACCUUUCUGGGCGGCCUCCACUGUAUCAGUGCCUCUGCCCACCUUUGACUGCGGCUCCGGGACCCUGGCCAAGCUGCACCUGCCACUUCUUCGCUCCCAGCUAGAGAGCUGGCAGCGCCUGUGGCUGGGCUGGGAAUUGAGCUGUCAGCACCCUCAGUGGGAGGCCUGAGCCUGUGCCUGCACCCAGCACGAGGCCACGCCAGCGCGGGUCCCUCAGCCUGGCUGCUGGCGGCCCGAUUAAAGUGUGGCCAGUACAAAGCCCGUGGA